UUUGCGGAAAAUUCUGUCACAUUGCGCCAGUGCGAGUGGAAGAAGUGGAGGUGACGGAGUUUUCGUGUGUUUUGUUGUGUGACGAAUUUAAAGUAAAAAUCCCUGUGAAUUGGGCCCCCUAAAUGCUCAAAAGUGUCCGCAAUUUGUGCAGUUGUGCGAUGUUGCUGUAGAGCCGCUGCAGCAGGUGCAAUGUCGCUCCAAAUAGCACGGUGUCAGCUAUUCAGGAUUGACCUAGCGCGCUUUGGAUUAAAAACAUUGGCUGGUGCCCAGGAGGGACGAAAGGAAAGCUGGUGUCGGCGUGGAAAGAGAUACUAUUGCUCAUCGAGUCCACCAGAUUCAACAACACAAUCCCAAUCACAAAGUGCACCUAAAAAUGUAGAAGACGUAACUGUGAAGUAUAUCCGUGGGCUUCCUCAUGUCACUGUGCCACUGCCAAGUCGAAAUGAGAGAUGUCAGUUUGCUCUCAGGCCUGUAUCACACAAUGUAGGUGACUUCCUCAAUAUGCUGCACGAGGAGGAUCGUGGCAUCGACCGUGCAGCUGUCUUGAGCAAUGAAGGCAUCAGGAUAUCCUCGGCGUGCUCAAUAGAAAAUCUUAUGGAUGAUAGUUUCUGGCUCCACAUUAAUGACAAGCAAUAUCAUGUGAUGCCACCGAUAAGAGAUAAAAUCACAUCGGAAGAGUUGACGAAGAUAGGAGAUGUUCGAGUUCUCGUAGCGCAGCUGUACGAGGCCCUCCAUGUUGGUGAGCAUCAGAUUAAGAAGGAACGAGAAUUGCACGAGAAGCUCGAGGAAUUGAAUAGUAAAAUUUCACCCCUUGAAAAGAAAAAGAGCGAAUUGGAAAUGAAAGCUGUGAGAAGGACAAACAUCCUCACGUGGGUGGGCCUGGGAUUUAUGUCUGUUCAAUUUGGAAUAAUCGCCAGAUUGACCUGGUGGGAGUAUUCUUGGGAUAUUAUGGAGCCAGUUACAUAUUUCGUCACAUAUGGCACAGCAAUGGCAGCGUACGCUUAUUAUUGUAUUACGAAACAGGAAUACGUGCUGGAGGACGUGAGAGAUCGUCAGUAUCUCAUUUCGAUGCACAAACGAGCGAAAAAGCAGGGACUGGACUUGAUGACAUACAAUCAACUUCGACGCGAAAUUGCCGAUGUGGAGCAGGAUUUGAGGCGACUACGGGACCCGCUCCAUCUCCACGUACCCGCCGUACCUAAGAAGUACUAUGACGAAUUUGAUUCGGAUGGCAAGGAAAUUACCCUAAGCGCUAGCAAAAAAAUUAGGAAUAUCCUCAAUGCCGCCACGAAAAGACUUAAAAAGUAGAUUUGACAUGCACGGUUUGUUAUUUAAAUAUUUUUAUGUUUUUCUGGAUAUUUUCUUGAUCCUCCCCCCCCCCUGCGCCCUUCCUGCCCCUCUGGAUCUCUUAUUUUUUGUCCUUCUAAAGGUAUAGAGAAGAUUUAAAUCUUUAUUUAAUUUAAUGAGCUUUUUUUCGGUUUAAUUUAAAAGCUUAAACGGAAAAGCUUAUUAAAUAUUGUUUAGAUUUAAAUCUUCAAGCAACAGGGGGCCCUCCGAACUUUCUUACAAAAUAUUUUAAUACAAAUUUCUAAAGGAUUAUUUUUUCGUGGGAAAUGUCCUUUUUUUUGUUACUUUGCUGUUUUUUUUUCAAUGACUCAACAAUAUUUAGCUUUGAUUUGAAAUCAUCUUAAAAGCUAUUCAAUAGAAAGGACUUAUUGUGUGUUGUAUAUACAAUAUUAUAUAAUUUAUUCUUGUCAACGAAAACAAACUCGAUAUAGUUUUAAGUUAACAAUGCUGUGUAUGCUUUAAAACAAAAGGACUAUGUACUUAGAGAGACAUUUGAAUAACAUUUAGGAAUGAUAAUGAAUGUGGGGGAUGUAUAGAGGGUGGACGAUGAUACCUCUUGGUGUUUAAAAUACAAACAAAAAUAUUUUAAAUUCAUUGCACGUAAAAGUCUUGAAAGAUUUUGUAGAUUAAAUCUUCAGUCUAGAUUUGAAUGAAAAAAAAAAAACAUUUAAAAUUGUUUUUUGCGGUUAUUCCGCUUAGCAGAAUCUUUGGACCAAAAGCACUAAAAGCUCCUUUUGUAUUUGAGGCUAAAAGAGAACACCUUAAUCCCAUGGAAAUCCCAAACAAUUAAAAAAAUGUUAAUUCCAUGAGGAAAAACAAUCUAAUGCCUUUUUAUUCAACUGAAAAGAAAAUCUGUAACAAUCUGUUGAAAGAAAAAAUAUCUUGUCUUCCUGAUUUAUUUUUAAAGAAAAAAGGUAUAAAAUCGCCCAUCUACUCUCUGAAGAAGUGAAAACCGAAUAAAACUGAUCUAAUUGUAUCUUUAAACAUCACUAUGACUAUCGAAACACAUUAAAAAUGAAAAUAAAACUCCAAUAUUCGUUUUCCUUCGAUGCCAACUUAUGAGAAUCUUUACAACAACAAAAAACUUACUUCUAAUAAAAUAAAAAUUAGAGAAAAAAAAGUAAUUCUUCUAUUGUUAUUUAAAUCUUGUUAAUGAGACAAAAUGUAAGAAGUUACGCGUAGAGCUAAAAAAAAAACAAAGUGAUUGUAACUUCUUAAUUUACUGAUAGCAUGGGGAGCAAUCACUUUAUAACCAUACGCUCCUUACACUGCACUGCAGUUCUUUCUUAAGAAUUAAAUUUACAGCAUUUUACGUGUUACACUCCACAGCAUUUUUUGGGAGUUUUUUAUUUUAUUUAUUUAAUAUUUCAAAGACAUUGCCAAGGUUGCAAAAUUCCCUUCUAGGUCGUUCUUCUGUCAUUGAAAUAAAUAAUUAAAUUUGCUGCAAAACAGAUUCCAGCGAAAAAUAAUUAAGCUCUGUUUCUUUCAGUUUUAUUAUAAAUAAAUUUUGUGUCAGUUUUAAGAAUUAGCCCAGGAGAGAUGUCUUUAAGAGUUAAAAAAUUUCGGAAAGACCCAAAUUGACCACUGUUUGAUUGAAAUAAUUAAAAUAAAAGGUUUUUACAUUUACAAAAAUUUUGAUCAAACGUGAGCUUUUUCCGGGAAAUUCGUUUUAAGAUUUUCACUCAAUUUUCUCGUUGAACAAUCGAAGCCAUUUUACGAAUAAAUUGUUUCAAGAAGUUGAUCAGAAAAUUCAUGUAAAUUACUUUAUUUUCUAGAACUUCCGCUUAACCGAUUAAAAUAACUGUAUUAAAAAGAUAGGAUUAACAACAAUAAUAACACUUUUCUGGAAAAAAAACUUCCCAGAAAAAAAAUAUUUACUCAAAAACUCUCAACUAAACACUCCGCAAAGUUACUUGUUCGGUCAAUGGUUUCAAUGGCUCCUUUGGGAAAAUUGUAUAGAAAAUAAAUAAUAAAACGUGUUUAAUGAAGAAAUCAACCGUUUUAUCAAAUUUUUUGUAAAUAUAAAAAAGUUUUAAUUAAUUUUUUAAAAUCGAAUAAUGCCAAAUUUGGGCAUAUCCCAAUUUGUUUGAGGUUUUACGCCAAGUUUUUGUUAUUUCUCCUGGGCUAAAUUGCGAAAUUUCUAUGAUAUUUUUUUGUUCUACUUAUUAAACAAUCAAUGUAAUUUUAUUUUAUUGAAAAAUAGGUAUUCAGAGAAUUUUUUAACGAGAUUCUCUCAAUCAAUUUUGAUAAAUCUCUUUACAAUCUUCUAUUUUGUCAAUUUAAGGAGAGAAAUGAUUUUUCAAAGUCACAAAAUUUAUCAAAGUCGAAUGCAUAGAAAGCAAAUAAUUCAAAAAUAUCACAGUUUAUGACGCCAAUCCAUUUUCCCAAGCAGAAAAGAAAAUAUAAAAGAAUCAGAACUAAAGGAAAAGUAAAGUAGAACGCCAAUUAAUUACAGAAUCUGUCUGAAAAAUGAUUCAAGAGCUUCAAGAAGCGAAUAUAUUUCCUUUGAUAAAAAUCACCAACAUGAGAAAAUCAAUUCAGUCAUAAAAAGUAUAAAAAUUUCCGCAUUGAGGAUGGAUUUGGGAUGAGAAAAAAUACCUCCCACCCUCCCCCUGGAAAAUGCUGUGGUGUGUUAUUCUUGUGUAUUUAUUGAUAAAAAAAAGAACUUUAUAUUAUAUUCCUGUUACCAUAUAUUUGAGGGAUUUAUAUAUUUUUGCAAUGUUGUCUUCAUAAUUGUUACAAAAAAGAAAAUCUUUCAUAAAAAUCAUCGAAUGAAAAAUCCUUUCUUGCGUGUUUCUGACACAAAUUCAAUCCUCUCUUAAAGAAUCUUUAAGGAUUGAAUUUUACGUGUGUUUGUGAAAAAAAAUCGCAGAAUAAAUGUUGAUAAAAAAAUCAUCGCAUCAUAUCAAAUAAAAAAAAAACAUAAAAAUAUUCUUCUCAUUGUGAUCACUUUUUCCAAAAUCUGCAAUUUCAUCUUUUUGAGAUUGAGUUGGAUUGAGUGCAAAUUUUUUAUUGUAAAAAAUAAAUAAAUUUUUGAUGAGCUUUUUGCACAAAAAUGAAUUGAUAAAGCGCUUCUUUUAUGCUUUAUUUUCGCUGAAAUUCUGCACAAAUAAAAUUCACAUGAUAAAUCUCAUUAAAAAUUAUAUAAAAAGAAAGAAAAAUUAAUGCACAAAUCCGUCCUAAUCUUCUUUUUUGAAUUUCAUGUGAAAGAAAUAAGAGAGAGAAAAAAACAAACAGAGAGUGCAUAAGGAAUUUGGAAAUAAGACGGAAAAUUGAGUGAAAAACCAACCAAUUUUUAAUGUAAAUAUAUAAUAGAAAAAAAGCGAAAAGUUGCUACUAAAAGUCAGAUAAAAAAAUUAGCACUAAAUACGAUAUAAAGAACCCAAAAUAAAUUUAUUAAAUUCGAGCUUCAAGAGUUCACUAAGGAAAAGAAAUUUUUAAAUGAAAUGAAAAAAUCCAAGAAAUUGCAAUGAAAACCAAAAUUUUAACUCUUUCCUUGACUUUUCACUCCCAUUUUUGAGCAAAAUAUUAAAAGAAAAGAACUUUUCCUAAAUAAUAAAAUAUAAUCCAUCACUAUAUAGAGUUAUUUACUUAAAAGAAAAAAAAAAGAAAAAGAAAAUUGGACUCUAAUAUUAUAUAGAAAAUUUAUUGAGAAAAUAUAGUUGACUUUUUCGAAAAUAUAGUGAGAAAAAAAAACAAGAAAUUACGCUUCAUUGCUUCUAUGAGAGGAGGAAAUUGAUAAAAAAAAGAAAAUUUUAAAGUGAGAUAUAAAAGUGAUUUAACUCUAGAUUUUAAGCUUCUUACCUUUAACCUCAUACUAACGUAAAAAAAAAUUUGGGCAAGAUCCUAUAUAGAAAUUCUAUACAUACUUACUAAACUAACAAAAGAAGUAUAUUUACAUAAUGAAAAAAAAAAUAUGUAGGGGUAGGCAAUGAUAGUGGAAAAGUUUUAUAAAAUGAAAGAAAAUUUUAUUCAAAUCACCAAUUUUCCAAAAUAAAAAAAAUAUUGCAAAGAGAAGAAAAAGCAAAUGAAAAAUUAUUUAAAAGGUUAAUUGGUGAUGAAGAUUGUUGAGUUCUUUACUUUAAAAUGAAAAAUAAAAUUGUAUAUUAGAUAGUGAUUGAUAUAAUUAAUCAAAAUUUAUAACUUUUAUCCAGGAGAUUUUGAUUUUUAUCUUUAUAUCAUUUUCCUAAAAGUUUUCUCUCCAAUUUAUGAGCAUGAUGGGGAAAUAUAUAAGUAAAUUGCAUUAAAUUUUGACGAUACCUAUUGACAUUUAUAAAAUAGAACAAUUCAACAUUUUACUUGUAAUUUAUAUACCAGAUGAAAGGAUGAUAAAUAGCAUGAGAUUAAAAUUAAAAACAAA